AUGUCUGACUCGACCCUUUACCUCUACACCUCCCUGACCGCGGGGUCCUCGCAUAUCGUCACCGCGACCGCCCGCGUUGAAACCAUCCUCAAGGCCAACAAACUCCCCUUCCGCGCGAUUGAUGUCGCCACGGACGAGGUCGCACGCAAGCUCUGGGGCCGCCGUUCCAAGGGCAAGAAGCUGCCCGGCCUGGUGAAGUAUGGAAAUAUAGUCGGACCCACGCCAGCGCUAACCCCGCCCCGCCUACAGGACCUAGAAGAGAUUGAGGAAUGGAAUGAAUUCGGCGAGUUACGCAUGGUGGUGAACAGUGUGCAGGACGUCGACGGCAUGCCCGCCACCAGCAACCCCGUCCCCGCGACCGAAACGACCUUCUCGCCCGCACCGAAGGAGCCUGAGCCGGUGACCCCCAAGCCGUGCACCAUCAAGAUACAGAGCCCACCUGCGACCAAGACGGCGGAGAAGAAGGACGAACAGGCCGUUCUCGCUUUCCGUCAGGCGAGCUCGGAGGCUGCCAGCAAGGCAAAGAACAAGGCCGAGGAGAAGAAGGACGAGCCAAAGCAGGAAGAAGCUCAAGCACAAUCCUCCUUGCCCACCAAAACACACCGCGGCUCCGUCGCCUGCGAGCUCCCCGACAUCACCCCAGACUCGUCCAAGGGUGCCAAACGACCCCCAUUGGUGCCCGAGAUCGCGGCUGUGUCAUCGGCAAACUUCCACGCUGACAAUGCGGAAGCAUUGGGGCUAGUCGAGCAUCACCGCGGGUCGAUCAUCUCGGGCAGCGACAAUGCCGAUAAGGAUAAGGUUGUAACGGAGAUUCGGCAGUCUAUCUCUGCGGCCGAACAGCCCUUGGGUUCGCUGGACGCGCUCCGCAAGGAAGCGGCUGGGAAACCGCAGGAACAGAGCAUUGAGGAGGAAGGCCCCGGUGUGGAGAAUGCUAAGGAGAUUGCGGAGGUGAAGGAGAAGGACACCCCUUCCGAGAUGAAGGAGGAGAAGAAGGACACCCCUUCCGAGAUGAAGGAGGAGAAGAAGGACACCCCAUCCGAGACGAAGGAGGAGGAGAAGGACACCCCGUCCGAGACGAAGAAGGAGUCCGAGGACGAGACUUCUGCCACGGCGCAAGAUACCAAGUCUGUGGAGGAGACCACUACCUCGAAGGAUUAG